AUGGACAGAGAUCGACUGCUGAGGUGGUGGCGUUGGUACUUGGCGGAGAGGAUUAGAGAGGCCACACAAGGAGCUCUAAUUGAGGCAAGAGUAAUCCUUUUAGCCCGAGGUUCAAGUACCACAACGGGCGGUUCCCCUACCACGAUGGGAGGGAGGGAGGGAGGUCUGGUUCAAGAACCGCAGGGCCAAGUGGAGGAAGCAGAAGCGAGAGGAGGCGGAGAGGCUGAGAAAGCUGCAAGAAGAGGCGGUAGGCCUUCAGGUACCCGUGCCCAGGGACCAGACUUCCGACUCUGAAGAAGAUCUCGUCGUAGCAUAGAUUCAUCUCAGAUAGAACAAAUACCUCAACGUACUCUCGUAAUAACAUAUUUUAUC